AGGAAGUUAAUUGUUAGUCUCUAUAUACGUAGCUAAAACGGCCAUCUUGUAAUAACAGCACCACCUUCAUCAUGUGACAGACCCCUAUAAUGGACUCCUCGGACAGAGCUCAAGUUCUCCUCCUCUGUGAUGCGUGUCAAAGAGCUGCAUUACAGAGUCAUUGUGAACUUUGUCAGAUUAACCUGUGUAAUGUAUGUGUAGGGGAGCAUCUCUCUGAUUCAUCUAUAAGACAUAAAGUUGUACCAUACAAACACAGAACUUCUAGUCCUAGCAUUAACUACCCAAAAUGCCCAAACCACAUCCAGAAACAUUGUGAACUUUACUGUGGGAAAUGUGACAUUCCUGUCUGUUCUACCUGCAUCUCCUCUGAUAAACACCAUGGGCAUAAAUUAACAGAUAUCUUACAGAAUCCCAGCUUCAGUAAAGAAAUUUUCAAUAAUGAUCUGAAAGAACUAGAAAAAAGAAUGUAUCCUACCUAUGAAGAAAUUAGAUCAAAUUUAAACUCUGAAAUGGUCAACUUAGAAAAACAUUAUGAGAAACUGACAACAGUUGUCACCAAAGAAGGAGAAAACUGGCACAGAGAAAUUAACAUCAUUGUCAACAAACAGAAAUCUGAAAUUGAUGAGAUGAAAUCUAAACACUUGACUGCUCUAAAUAAACAGGAAAAUGAAAUCAAAAAGAUUACAUCUGAUGUAAAACACUGUAUACUUGAUCUGAAGAAAAUACUGGACUCCAAUGAUGUCUCCCUUACCUCUGCAUACAAAUCAAGGAAUGUUGAAUUCAGAAGUUUACCUCCAAAAAUCACUGUAUCAUUUCCAAGUUUCUCUCCUCAUCAGAUCAACACAGAACAACUCCAUCAAAUGUUUGGUUCUCUGUCAGCAUUAUCCAUUACAACAGAAGAACAUGGCUACACAAUGAAGACACCAGAAGCUGUAUCCUGUCCUCUAUUCAAGCCACUGCUUGAUGAACCAGAGCUCAUCACCACCACAGACACUGGGUAUAAAUCACUAUACAGUGUUAUCUGUCUCAGUGAUGAAGAAAUCUGGACACGUGGUAAUGACAAAAUCAUGAAACUCUACAACAUCAAGGGGAAACUACUAAAGUCAAUACAAACCGAGUCAGGGAACAUACCAUGUGACAUAGCAGUGACAAGGAGUGGAGAUCUAGUUUAUACUGACCGUGAUAAAAGAACUGUAAACAUAGUGAAGAAUAAACAAAUACAGAAAGUGAUCAGACUACAGGGGUGGACACCUUACAAUGUCUGUUGUACAUCCUCUGGUGACCUCCUGGUUACUAUGGUCACUGAUGAUGAUCAACAAACAAAAGUUGUCCGUUACUCUGGCUCCACAGAGAAACAAACCAUUCAGUUUGAUAGUGAAGGCAAACCUCUGUAUUUAUGUGGUUCUAUUAAAUACAUCAGUGAGAAUAGGAACCUGGAUAUCUGUGUGGCUGACUAUAUAGCCCGUGCAGUAGUGGUGGUUAAUCAGGCAGGAAAACUCCAAUUUAGAUCCACUGGUCAUCCCUCAACUGACAAGGGAUCAUUUAAUCCAAACGGCAUUACAACAGACAGCCAGAGUCAGAUCUUGACAGUAAACUAUUGCAACAACUGUAUCCACAUCCUAGAUCAGGAUGGACAGUUCCUCCGUUACAUUGAUAACUGUGAUCUAUACCGUCCAUGAGGUUUAUGUGUAGACACCAGAGACAACCUCUUUGUGGCCGAGUGGGCC